AUGAUGCCGAAGAAUACUGAUACUAUUCAGGGGCAAGACAUCUUGGGCAAAAGCUCUGAAUUAAUCCACUCGGGAGAAUUGACCAAAAUCUCCAAACAAGGCAAGAGUCAGCAAAGGACAUUCUUCCUUUUUGACCAUCAGCUUGUGUUCUGCAAGAAAGAUUUAUUGAGAAGGGACAUGUUGUAUUACAAAGGCCGGAUGGACAUGGACGAAAUGGAGGUGGUAGAUGUUGAGGAUGGCAAAGACAAAGACUUCAAUAUCUCUGUAAAAAAUGCUUUCAAGAUUGUUAAUAACUCUAUGGAAGAAGUUCACCUAUUUUGUGGGAAAAAGCCAGGUGAUAAAAAAAAGUGGCUGGAGGCUUGUGCAAAUGAGAGGAGACGUGUGCAAGAAGACAAAGAAAUGGGAAUGGAAAUCUCAGAAAACCAAAAGAAGCAAGCAAUGCAAAAUGCACGGAAGUCAAGACAAAGGAAAAUGAAAGGUGUCAGCUAUAAUGGAUGCCCAGUGCCACCGCUACACCAAAGUUUGCAUCCAAUCCAUCAGCGUCAUGUUACAGUGCCCACUAGUAUUCCACAGCAGCAGGUGCGCGCAUCUAUCACUCACACAAUGGACUUCCUGCACAAUUGUGAGCAUCCGCCACUCGCUCAAAUUGAGCUUCCCGUGCAGGCACAAGCGCCCAUCACUUGCAUGGCCUGGUUCUGA